CCUGUCCGCCUCAUAAUGGCGCCGUCCUGUGGCGUAUUUGGAGGACAAGGGCAGCGCAAGGCUGUCAGUGUUUGUGUCCGCACGUCAGGAGCAAGCAUGGCGAGGUUUCUGAGGCCCAACAUCAGGAGCUUUGUCGCCUCACAGCUGAGAAUGUCAUCCGACCAGCUGGGUGAGCUGGGUAAAGGUGCAGGUAAAGGUGGUGGAGGUGGAGGGUCCAUCAGAGAGGCAGGUGGAGCCAUGGGAAAGAAGCAGGCUGCUGAGGAGGAGAUGUAUUUCAAGCGUAAGGAGCAAGAACAGCUGGCUGCAUUGAAGCAGCAUCACCAGGAGGAAAUCGACCACCACAAAAAGGAGAUUGAGCGUCUGCAGCGCGAGAUUGACCGCCACAAGGGAAAGAUCAGGAAGCUGAAGCACGAUGACUGAGUGAAACCCGUCUUUUUCUCACAGACCCAGCCAAACAGCUUUUAAUAAUUACUCAGAUUUCUGCAUGCACUUGUAUCACCGGGCCAGUCAUGAAUGUGUGAGUGAUUGUUCUGUAAAUGCUUGAAAGUUAUUAAAAAACGUUCAUUAAAUGGUUAUUGUUUCCAUGGCAUGCUGUGACACAACUACUAUGGUACAACUUUUUUGAACCCUUUCUCCUCCUUUGUAGUAGAUCAGUGUGCUGUAUGUUGCAGACAAAAAGCCAAAGUGGAAACAGAAAUAAAUAUGACAACAUCAACUUA